GCAGAGGAGAGUUGCGAGGCAAAACGGCUGGUCACAUGAGCAGAGAUUCUGUUUACAAACCCAAGUCAGAGGAGAGGAAGGAGAGCUGCAGUCUGAGCUUCCAUUAUGAAGGGAAAAGCUCUGCCAUGACCCAGCCAGCUGGAGGUGCAGGAGCCUGAACACACACUGCCUUUCCUUUGUCUCUGAUUCUUCUUUUCUUCUUCUUCUCCAGUCCAAGCAGCAGAUGGUUAGAGGGAGAGUAGGAUCCCCCUCCUUCCCUCUACACACACACACACACACACACAUCUUCUGCCUGACACACAAACAGCCUGAGGACUGUUGUUGACUGCAUGGAGCUGCUCUCACUUUGUUUGGGCUUUGAGGGAAGAUCAUCUUCAUCACCGAGGAGGAAUAUCUACUGCAAGAUCAGAGGAGUGGAGGAGGAGGAGGAGGAGGAGGAGGCACCAGAGGAGACAAGAGGGGGGUGAGAUUUGUGAAAAUCCCUUGUUAAAAAAGCAGCUUCAGCAGGAAGACAAAAGCACAGAUUAAUGUUGGAUUAUUGCCUUCAUUUGGGGUGAGGAUUGUCACUGUAGACGCCGGAUGUCAUUGGAUCGAGAGGAGGACAUUGCAAAGUGAAGUGAAGGAGGCCCCCACUUUCUUCUCUGAUGGAAAUAAGCACAUGAGAUCUCCAUUCCAGGACCAGAACCCAGAAACAAACCUCACACCUCCACACAUCUUUAACACACAGAGUGGCUAAUCCAGAUUUGGGAAUGCUGGGCAACACAAACUGCUGAGCCAACUAAAAAGAAGAAAAAAAAGGCCCACACCUCCUGAGGAUUCCUGGAAUCUGAAAACCUUAGAUGACUGUUUUGCUGCUGGAGCUCUGACACAAACUGAGGGAAGGAGCGAUCCAGCUCAGGACAGCUGAAUCCAGGCUACACCAGGACCAGAUUCAGCCCCAGCAGGGCUGGCUUGUCUCCAGCCUCUUUCCUGACAGGGUCUGAAUUCACUGCUGCUGCCUUCAGGAGUCACAUUUCAUGCAACCAUUCCAAUGGUGUAACGGAUGUCUUUGUGGUUUGGGUUUUCAACGCUCUGAACACUACUGCAGCAUGACGUCUGACAUCUACCACCUCCCACUCAAUGUGUAUGUCAUUGUGCUGGGCAUCGGCCUCUUCGUCUUCAUGCUCAGCCUCAUCUUCUGCUGCUACCUUUUCAGGUUGAAACAACAAGGAACGAGGGAGCAGUUCAGCUACAACGAGGUGGUGCUGAAAGGAGCGAGCAAGAAACUGAGCCUUCUUGGACAAACCUGCGCAGUGUGUCUGGAAGAGUUCAGGACCCGGGAUGAGCUGGGAGUGUGUCCGUGCUCACAUGCAUUUCACAAGAAGUGCCUGCUCAAGUGGCUGGAGAUCCGCAGCGUGUGCCCCAUGUGUAACAAACCCAUCCUGCGUCUCCACUCCGACGCCCCCCAGGGUGCCGAGGGGCCCAUGGAUCCAGAAGAGGUGUGAGAGAGCGCCAACUAGACUCCCCCCUUCCAGAAAAAAAACACACACAUUAAAACACACUAAAGAUGACUGACAGCAGUCAUCUGGAAAGGUAAUACUGAUAACCAUCCCAAAGUGGCAGUGACCUUCGAGCAAUAUGCCUCCGUGGGGAAUUGGAUUUUGAUAGUGCCAACGUGUUCGGUCUGAUCAGGCAGAGAGAUAAACGAGUAGAAWGAUUUUCAUACAGAUGUGUAGUUCUACUUCCAUGUUGCACUGUUCACCUAAAAAAAAAAAGGGCCAGGAAAGGGAGCCACAUUAGAGCUGGACAUCAUCGCCACCGUCACUGGAUGAGUAGAGCCGCACUGCCAGAGGCAUUGAGCAGGACAUUACAGGAUCAGUGAGGAUACCUCUAAUAACUCAGGGGUGUUACCAACGCAGCCAGCACAAACCAUGUUAUUAACCCUAUAACCCAGUGCCACACACGCAUCUUCAAUACUGCCAACGUAGACGAAACACCCUGGCAGCCAGAGGUUAGCCACAGCAUCUGGCUGAAAACAAAAACCAGCUAGAAUCAACCGUGACGAUUUAAGUAGAAAAUGUUGUUACAGAUUGUGUCCACGACCCUUUUCCCUUAAAAAAAAAGACUAAUAGAAAACUAGUCUUGCUUGUAUGUUUUGUGUGUAUAGGUCUCCCUAUAUGAUGUUAUUUUGUAUUUCAAAUAAAGUGUCAUGUAAUGUA